UUUUUUUUUUUUUUUAAAGCUACAGGAGCUGUUCGCGAGCCUCCCCGCUUCGCUAGCGCUGCGUGGCCGUGUGUCCGUGCGUGUAUGUUUUGUUUUGCUCCGCUCCGACAUGGGCACCGCCGGCGGAGCCCCGCGGCCCGGGCUGCCCGCGCUGCCGCCCCCCCGGCCGCGGCUCUGAAGCCGGCCCGGCCCCGGCGCGGCGGCGGAGGCGGCGCGGUUCGCUCCGCGCCCUCGCACGGCUCGCUCCUCGCCGUAAACAAUUGUCUCCGAGGGGCUCUGGAGGCAGACCCGAGCGGUCGCCGUGCGUGUUUAUGGAGACAAAGGAGGGAAGAAGCAUGUCCCGUCUGUCUCUAACACGGUCCCCAGUUUCUCCUCUGGCUGCUCAAGGAAUUCCUCUCCCCGCUCAACUCACCAAGUCGAACGCUCCUGUGCACAUCGAUGUAGGAGGACACAUGUACACCAGCAGCCUGGCUACCCUGACGAAGUACCCAGACUCCAGAAUAAGUCGUCUGUUUAAUGGCACUGAGCCUAUUGUCUUGGACAGUUUAAAGCAACAUUAUUUCAUUGAUCGAGAUGGUGAAAUUUUCAGAUAUAUAUUAAGCUUCCUAAGGACAUCUAAGCUACUGCUCCCAGAUGACUUUAAGGACUUUAAUCUUUUAUAUGAAGAAGCAAAGUAUUACCAGCUGCAGCCAAUGAUUAAGGAACUUGAACGAUGGAAACAAGAGAAAGAACAAAGGAAACAUUUCCAGCCUUGUGACUGCUUGGUUGUAAGAGUGACUCCAGAUCUGGGGGAAAGAAUUGCAUUGAGUGGGGAGAAAGCUUUAAUAGAAGAGAUCUUCCCUGAGACGGGGGACGUCAUGUGCAACUCCGUAAACGCAGGCUGGAACCAAGACCCUACCCACGUUAUUAGGUUUCCUUUGAAUGGAUACUGCCGGUUGAAUUCAGUGCAGGUGCUCGAAAGAUUAUUUCAGAAGGGAUUUAACGUGGCAGCUUCAUGUGGUGGUGGGGUGGAUUCCUCUCAGUUCAGCGAAUACGUGCUGUGUCGCGAAGACAGACGACCACAACCUACUCCAACGAUCAGAAUAAAACAGGAGCCCCUGGACUAGACCCUACCCGUACUCCUUUGUAACCAUAGAAGUGUUUAAUAGUCCCUUAUGUGAAACACAAAGGAUUUGCAAAACAGUAUUAGCAAACAGAUUUUGACUUUAUGUUGCCAAUUAGUGGUAUUCUAAAACUACCUGUCACAUAGCCAGCCAUGAAAUGCAUUUGAAAAACCAGUUGUCCGUUUUUCACGAUGAAAUACUGAGCAUGCUCAGCAUACCAGGUUUGGUGGGAAUGUACUUUGAGCUGAACAGCUGUGGUGGUGAAAAAGGCAAAGCUUCAUAAACCCCUGACCCUAGAUUGGACUUCUGUGGAAAGACCAAUUAAAGCGAUUUGAAUAUAUCAGCAGGAGAAAUGAUUCCGACAGCCUUUCCAACAACACCCUGACAUGUGAUGCGUGGAAGUGGGGGCCUCCAAGAGGAAGAUGGUACGUUAAAAACUGCACUGAGUAUCUUCCCUGACUGCCACACCUCCUUCAUAUCAGAUGUGCUUUACACCUCCACACGUUACAUUACACUACACUUCUGUGAUUGUACUCCUUCAUGCUAGCAAAUGGCUUAUUUUUAUACAAUAUUUCCAACUGAAAUAUCUCUGUGGACAGAAUCCAGAACCAGAAAAGGACCAAUUUAUAGUCAACUGGUGCUCAGUAUUAAAAAACAAACAAACAGACCAAACAAAAAAAGCAACAAAAAAUUGACGAGGCCAAUUAUGGCAAUACUUGCAAAAGUAGGGAUCUGGAAGCACAAAAUAAAACUCCAUCUACCAUCAAACAAGGGCCACGUACCUAUUGUGGAGCUGUAGUUCUCUUAAAGCCAGUCGUGUUUUGACUCAGAAACUAUAAGUUUUGCAUCAUCAAAGAAGCGUGGUUCUCCCAAGCAAGCUCUGCCACCUCUUGUUGUUCAUUUACUAACCAUGUUAUAAGCCCACAUUUAGGAGGAAACGUUAAGAAUUUUGGACAAGGUAUUCUUUAUGGGUCUGGAAUUUUUGCAAAAAGAUGUUAAAAACUUCUACUUCCACUGUCUGAUGAAAGCAGGCCAUGUUUUGUUUAGAGUGCUUUUCCUCUAUUAUUUUCAACUAUUAUUAAAAUACUGAUUCUGUAGCUGCCCUCUAUCUGUUUAAUUGUAUUUUUAAAGAAGCCCACUGUCUGUAGGAGGCUACUCUUCCUUUCAUGAAUCAGUAUCGACUCUCUGACUUACAGGGCUUCCUAACUCAGGAGACAGCACCAUGUUUGCAGGUGCAAGGUUAUAAAUAGCAUUCUGCUAAAUCCUGUUUAUUGCUGUUUAGCAUGAUUGGGUCCUCAAUAACUAAUUCAUGUGUUAAUCACAAUUUAGUUUCUCCCACAUUAAUUUAUAGAAUACUGUUGUAGAUGCUGAAUUUUAAUUAAACAUUUUAGAUGCAUAAAUACAGCCAUAUAUAACAGUAGUAAAUGGUCAACAAUUUAAUACCAAAUGAUUGCAAUCAGACAAAAUAAAGAUUCAAGUUUAAGACUAAUAUUUUCAAAAGUGAUGAGCUGUACUAAAUAUCCAAGUUACAAUCUAGGCAGAGGUCUAAUUUUUGGAAAAGUGCUGGAUACCUGACCAUAGAAAAUCAGACCUCUGCAGGUUUUUUCCAUCUUGGUUACCCAAACCAGAGAUCUCUUAUGAAAAUCUUAGCCUAUACAUAUUGGCCUGCUAACUUAGCAGAACAUUUGAGCAAAUCUGUCUACUUCAAAAGAGUUGUAAAGUUAUUUUAUUUUGUCGUUUUAUACUUGUAUGACAUUCUAAAGUUCCUAGGCAUUGCCAUAUUUGAAUAUAUGGCACAGCGUUCACCUUUGUAAGAUAUCUGUAGAAUUGUAUAUUAUACAUUUAAUAUUGUAAAGAACUUAACGUAUAAUUGUCAUGUAUUUGUGUAUGCACAUUUCUUAUACAGUACUUCAUGCCAUAAACAUUUCUGUAAAGUAAAUGAUCAAAAAUAAGCAAGUAGGGUGGAACACUCACUGUAUUUCCCCUGUUGUUUGAAAGGUGAGAAGUUUUGAUUGCGUCUUCUCUGGCCUUUUGCUCCGAUCAGCUUGAUGUAGCCAUGUCUUACAAAAAGAGAAGAAAAAAAGGUGUUUUAUUUAUUACUUUCAUACAUUGAGUUCACUUUAAGUUCAAAACUUAAAUAAUCUGUUCAGCUUCUUGUUUUGAGCCUAUAUACACUUUUGUCCUGCACUCCUGACCAGGAAUACUUAGUACUAGCAGAGGCUGAACACCUGUCUGUGUACCCUCUUCCAUUCAUUACCUCUCAGAUAGGAGAUAAAGGUGAACAUGUCACAUUUCUGUUUAAAAAUGCUCAGUUCUGCCAUUCUUAGGCAAAGCCUUCCCUGAGGUCACCACAGGUUGUCUGCAAGCCAGACCGGACACUGAGUAUCUGCGGGGUGCUGAGCACAUCCUGCUCCCAUUUGAAGGUGCAGGCAGAGAGCUCUCUCACAAGCUUGGAAGCAGGAUGCUUUCAGAUAUGUGUAGAAAGCCAUUUGAAGUAUUUGUGGUUGGUUGGUUGGUUUGUUUUUCUUCAGUUUGGUGUUUACCGUAUUUUUUUUAUAGGUCAAUAAAGCAGCUCGAGUACUUACAGCAGUUUGCAAAGGUGGCAUCAUGAAAAGUUCCAGGCUGCGCCAACCGAGUUAAAUGUGAACUUGAGAUGGAAAGUUUGAGCCAUGACAUCACAACAAUAACUGCAAAAUAGCACUAAGGCAAGGAAGACAUGUGGAAACAAUCACUUUGUUAGAAGAAAUAUGCCUUUUUUUUAAAAAAAAAAAAAAAGUUAAGCUAGGACAUGUUCUUUUAGUUAGUAACUUCAGGUCACUUAUUUAAAGUUUAUUACAGUUUCAUUUAUAUCUUUUUUUUACUUAUUUCCCUGUAUUCUUAUGCAGCAAUAUCAGCAUAAACUGAUUUGAAUUUCUACUUCUGGCCUUAAACCAUAGCAACAUAACGUAAUUAAGAACAUUGCUCAGUGUCACUAAAACAGGUUUUAAAAUAUCAUAGAAACUCCAAUAAAACUGUGGUGUGCAGCCA